UUUCGGAUCAAAUUCGAAUAUUUUGAUUUUGACUUUAAAAUAAAAAUAUUACAAUCCUGAUCUGGAAACUCUGUAUCAUAUUUGUUGGAAGUUGGAUGGGAUCAAAAUUUCUCUAACCUCCACGUUCAGCUUCCAUUUCUCCUAAAGAAAAAGAGAAAAGAAAGAAUCUCAUUCACAUACAUCAUACAUGGAUACAGGAGCAGUAAAGCUACCCAUUCACGAGCACCCUAUAUUUCCUUCGGCUCGGAUCGUUUUUAGUACAUGUAAAGGCUGCGGUGUAGAAGAUUUCGUCUACGGCGGGUACGUCUGCAAUGAUUCUGACUGUAAAGCUCGGUUUCAUAAGGAGUGCGCUGAGGCCCCAUCUGAGAUCAGCCACUCUUUCCACCAACAACAUCCUCUCUUUCUCACCAAUGGCCUGGGAGAUCUUCCAUGUGAUUUGUGUGGACAAAAGCGAUUGGAAGCCGCUGGUUAUAGUUGUCCCACAUGUGAGUUCAAGCUGGAUUUGACUUGUGGGAUAAACCCAUCACCGCCUGCUAUUGAACAUCCUAUCUGUCAUGACCAUCCACUUGUCUUUUUGAAGAAACGAGAGGAGAAGGCCCCUUGUGAAGUUUGCAAGGAUUCUAUUGGUGGACCUUCCUAUUCUUGUCUUGGAUGCGAUCUGUACUUCCACGUGGAUUGCGUCCAUCUCUCAAAAGAGGUAAAUCAUCCUUGCCACCCUAGUCAUCCUCUCAAGCUCAUCGCAUCUGAAUCACUUACGGAUAAUGCUGAGAAGAUUUGUCUUUUAUGUGAACAACAACCAGAAAAUAUGCUUUAUUAUUGUUCUGUUUGCAACUUCACAUCAUGCCUUGGUUGUACUAAACGCCCACCACCUCUUUUUAUCGAGCAUACCAAGACCCACAAGCAUCAACUUACUCUCUUUCUAAACGGAAUUUCAUAUCAAGGUUCCGCGCUGACAUAUAACAGCAGAGCUUAUAUGUGCCUUCCUUGUGGUUUCGUUGUCAAUGGGAAUGGUAUCAACCUACCUCAAGUCAUAAACAUCAACCGUCACGACCAUCGUAUCUCUUACACUCAUCAGCUUGGCCCUGGAUAUUUGAACUGCGGAGUUUGCCGCGAAAUUGUUGACAGGGAUUGUGGGGCAUAUGCUUGUGUCGUUUGCAGUAACUAUGCAGUUCACUGGGAAUGCGCAGUACAUGAUAAUGUAUGGGAUGGUGUGGAAUUAGAAGGGACAUCUGAGAUCACAGAAGAUAUUGCACCAUUCAAGGUAAUGGGUGAUAACUUGAUAAGUCAUUUUAGUCAUGAACAACAUACUCUAAGGCUGCACAAAGAAGGCAUCAUUCAUGACGCGUACGCACUAUGUGAAGCAUGUACAUAUCCGAUCGGAUUUGAUCCGAUCUACAGUUGUGAGGAAUGUCAUUUCAUUCUCCAUGAAAAGUGUGCUAAUCUUCCUAUGAAGAAGAGACUCGUGUUUGCAACCACACCAUUCAAAUUAGUGGGAGCAAGUAGUCGUGUUCGUGAUGUGAUAGACUGUGGGUACUGUGGUGAAUGUUCUACUGGUUUUAAGUACGCAUCUCAAAGAGGGUGGGAGAUAGAUGUACAUUGUGGUUCUCUUUCUGAGCCGUUCGUUCAUAAUGGCCAUUUGCAUCCACUAUAUUUUGAUUCUAAGGAAAAUCACUCUUGCAAUGCAUGCCAUAAGGUAACGGUUCAUAUGCUUUGUUGCAAUGCUUGUGACUUUGAUUUGUGUUUAAGUUGCGCUAGUUUGCCAUUAAAGAUAAGGCAUAGAAACGAUGAGCACCCUCUCACUCUAUCUUGUGGUGAAACGGCGAAUGGAAAGUAUUGGUGCGAUAUAUGCGAGACAGAGUUAGAUCCAAGUAAAUGGUUCUAUACAAGCUUUGAUUGUGGAGUCACAUUGCAUGUGGAAUGCGUACUAGGAGAUUUCUCACGUCUCAUGCCAGGACGCAUGGUUGAUACUGUUGGGGGAAAGAAAUUUUAUGUGGUUCUUAACAAUCACAACACUCGACCAUUAUGCAGCAUGUGUCGCUCUCGAUGCAAGGUCUCCGUCAUCUUAAAAGCUUGUGAUGAAGACAAUGUAUACAUAUGUUCUCGUUCAUGUUUUUCUGAUAUGGUUUCAGCUAGAUCAUGUUGAUUGAGUGUUUAAUUUGUUUAAUUUUGUGUGGAAAGGAUGAAACUUCGAUACCCUUUAUAUUUUACAAGAUGAGUGAAUUAUUCAUGGUUGCAUUCGCUAGCUGCCCUACAAGUCCA